GAUAUGUUAUCACACAACACUGAGAACUGAAUAUUGAAACAGACAUGGAGAGAAAAACAAUCGUUGCUGUCUUCUUACCCAAGACAUCUUGUAAUAGUUUUCCCAAAUCUGAUGAGAGGUGUAUCUAUAAUGAAUACUUUACCUUUCCAACGGAAAAGAGCGUAUUCGAAGGCACUGAUAUAGUCAUAACAGUUGCUUCAUCUCCUGUAAGAUGCUGUGACUUUUUGGAAAAAGCACCAAAUGUUAAAUUAGUUAUAUCACCAAUGGCUGGAAUUGAGCAUAUUGUUUUAGCAAGAAAAACUGUUAAAAACAUGCCACCAGUAUGCAGAAUUAAGGACCAUAUAAGUCAUCCAAUGACUGAGUAUUUCUUUCAUCAAUUAUUUCUAUUGGAAAGAAAGAUAAAUAUUAAAGGCGCUAAGAAUUUAUGGCCUUUAAAAGAUAACAUGGCGAAUGUGUAUUCUAUAAAACUACUCAAUGGUUCAUCAAUUGCUUUUUUGGGCUUUGGAACUAUAGGAAAAAAGAUUGCCAGAGUAUGUAAAGCAUUUGGAAUGACAGUUUGGGCGAUUAAUACUUCUGGACAAGUAAAAGAAGAUUAUGUGGAUUAUGCCAGGACUGUUAAAGAUUUAGACGAGGUAUUAGGAAAUUGCGAAUAUGUUUGUAAUGUUCUUCCUGUGACAAAAGAUACGACAGAUAUACUUUCAGGAGAAACCCUAAAAGCCUGUCAAAACCGAAAUACGGUGUUUAUUAACAUUGGAAGAGGAAAUGUUAUAUCGGACGAAGCUAUAUUAACUGCUUUACGUAAUAAGUGGAUUCGUGCUGCUAUUCUAGACGUUUUUCGAACGGAGCCUCUCCCACAAGAUCAUCCUUUCUACAAAGAAGAAAAUAUUAUUAUUACACCUCAUGUAUCCUGGUACCAUGACAACCUAUUUAUUGAGACAUCCAAACAAUGUAUUGACCUAAUACAUAAUUUCUUGGAUGGAAAAUCUAUUCCUUUCCUUCCAGAGGAUGCAACCUAUUAA